UUCCAUAAUCCACAGCCCUUCAGCAGCUAUGAUUGGUUGUAAAGAAAUGCCAGGUGCAUUGCUUGGCUAAUCCAAUUUCUGCCCAGCUUCCAGUUACGUGGCGAGCGUUCGUGGUGCAGAGUCAAGGGGAGAUACCUGCUCACAAUGAAGGGACUAAUAUUCUGUGUUUUUGCCGUCAUGAUGAUCACACCUGCUCAAGGUGAGGAAGAGGAGCAGCUGACGUACCUGGAGUGUUUCCGCUGCGACCUGGGCUUCUGGGACGCCUGCUACACGACAGAGACCAACUGCAGCCACGGGGAGCUGUGCUACACGGGCCGAGGGAAGGCAGCUGAUUCUCUGGAUAUAAAGACGCUGGGGUGUGUGAAGGCCGAGGAGUGUAACGUGAAGACCACAGUGGAGCUUUUUUUAAAUAACACCGUCUUUGUCAUGACUAAAUCCUGCUGUGACACCCCUUUCUGCAACUCUGCACAAAAACUGCCCAUCUGCACACUUCAUCGUCUCGCUUUGGCUGUUUUAACCAUCUGUCAUAUCACUAAAGCCUUGGGCAGAUAAAAGAAAAAAAAAACACUUUUAUUCAGUUUUAUAUAUA